GCCGGGAGCCCCGGGCGCGCGCCCCUCGGCGCAGCAUGUUCCAGCCGGCGCCCAAGCGCUGCUUCACCAUCGAGUCGCUGGUGGCCAAGGACAGUCCCCUGCCCGCCUCCCGCUCCGAGGACCCCAUCCGCCCGGCGCUCAGCUACGCCAACUCCAGCCCCAUAAACCCGUUCCUCAACGGCUUCCACUCGGCCGCCGCCGGCAGGGGCGUCUACUCCAGCCCGGACUUGGUGUUCGCCGAGGCGGUCUCGCACCCGCCCAACCCCGCCGUGCCGGUGCACCCGGUGCCGCCGCCGCACGCCCUGGCCGCCCACCCCCUGCCCUCCUCGCAUUCGCCACACCCCCUCUUCGCCUCGCAGCAGCGGGACCCGUCCACCUUCUACCCCUGGCUCAUCCACCGCUACCGCUAUCUGGGCCACCGCUUCCAAGGGAACGACACAAGUCCGGAGAGCUUUCUUUUGCACAACGCGCUGGCCCGAAAGCCGAAGCGGAUCCGAACCGCCUUUUCCCCAUCCCAGCUUUUGAGGCUGGAACACGCCUUCGAGAAGAACCAUUACGUAGUGGGCGCCGAGAGGAAGCAGCUGGCGCACAGCCUCAGCCUCACGGAAACUCAGGUAAAAGUAUGGUUUCAGAACCGAAGGACGAAGUUCAAAAGACAGAAGCUGGAGGAAGAAGGCUCAGAUUCGCAACAGAAGAAGAAAGGGACACACCAUAUUAACCGGUGGAGAAUCGCCACCAAGCAGGCGAGUCCCGAGGAAAUAGAUGUGACCUCAGAUGACUAAAAACACAAACGAACCCUCCAGAAACGGACAACACGGAGCAAAACAGAGAGAGAGAGAGAGAGAGAGAGGAGGAGAAGGAAAAAAAUGACAAAACAAAACCAAACAGCACACACACAUUCACGGAGCAGGGCAGAGGGAGUGAGAACGAAGCUGCACCGCAGACUUUGGGCGGCGAGGGCCGGGGUCCCGAUCCCCGCACGGCGAUGGCAGAGGACGCGCUCCUCGAUCGACGUGCAACCCUCGUCUAAAGAGGCAGCUGAGUGAGUGAGAGAGACAGAGAGAGGGAGGCAGAGAAAGAGAGAGAGAGAGAGAGAGAGAGAUCCCAAUGUGGCAAAGCGAAAGGCGCGCUGACAAGGGGAACUGUCAGUCAAACACCAGCCCGGGAGACGAGGUGAUUAGCAGGUAUUCCGUUUAUCACAGUCCGAUUUUUAAAAAAUGAUGAUAAUAUGAUGAUAAAAGAAAAAAAAACCCAACCAGGCACAGGACUUUUUUUUUUUUUUGCACUUCACAGUGUUUCCCCCAUCUUUAAAAAUAAUUAGUAAUAAUAACAAUCGAAUUCCAUAUCCAGCCCCAUCCCACACCUGUUCAAAAACUUGAAAUGCAUGUAGCAGUUGUUGGGUGAAUGGUGUCUAAAGACAGAAAACGAAUUGUAAUUUUCUUUUCCUUUUAAAGACAGGUUCUGUGUGCUUUUGCUUUUGAUUUUUUUUUUUGAGAAAUGUGCAGUCUGUAAACAAUUUUUGAUACCUUCUGACGUCAAAGUGAUUGUGAACGCUAAAUGAAGUAGGCUCAGCGAUAGCGGUCCUCUUAUGGAGAGUUGGGGAGCAGGUUGGGGAGC